AUGAGAAGCCGCCCCUGGACCCGGUACGCCUUGUGCUGCCCGUGCCUGUGCUGCCCGUGCCUGUGCUGCCCGUGCCUGUGCUGCCUGUGCCUGUUGCUGCCCGUGCCUGUUGCUGCCCGUGCCUGUGCUGCCCGUGCCUGUGCUGCCCGUGCCUGUGCUGCCCGUGCCUGUGCUGCCCGUGCCUGUGCUGCCCGUGCCUGUUGCUGCCCGUGCCUGUGCUGCCCGUGCCCUGUGCUGCCCGUGCCUGUUGCUGCCCGUGCCUGUGCUGCCCGUGCCUGUGCUGCCCGUGCCUGUGCUGCCCGUGCCUGUUGCUGCCCGUGCCUGUGCUGCCCGUGCCUGUGCUGCCCGUGCCUGUGCUGCCCGUGCCUGUUGCUGCCCGUGCCUGUGCUGCCCGUGCCUGUGCUGCCCGUGCCUGUGCUGCCCGUGCCUGUGCUGCCCGUGCCUGUGCUGCCCGUGCCUGUUGCUGCCCGUGCCUGUGCUGCCCGUGCCUGUUGCUGCCCGUGCCUGUGCUGCCCGUGCCUGUGCUGCCCGUGCCUGUGCUGCCCGUGCCUGUUGCUGCCCGUGCUUCUGCUGCCCGUGCCUGUGCUGCCCGUGCCUGUGCUGCCCGUGCCUGUGCUGCCUGUGCCUGUUGCUGCCCGUGCCUGUGCUGCCCGUGCCUGUGCUGCCCGUGCCUGUUGCUGCCCGUGCCUGUGCUGCCCGUGCCUGUUGCUGCCCGUGCCUGUGCUGCCCGUGCCUGUGCUGCCCGUGCCUGUGCUGCCCGUGCCCGUGCUGCCCGUGCCUGUUGCUGCCCGUGCCUGUGCUGCCCGUGCCUGUGCUGCCCGUGCCUGUGUUGCCCGUGCCUGUGCUGCCUGUGCCUAUUGCUGCCUGUGCCUGUGCUGCCCGUGCCCGUGCUGCCCGUGCCUGUUGCUGCCCGUGCCUGUGCUGCCCGUGCCUGUGCUGCCCGUGCCUGUGCUGCCCGUGCCUGUGCUGCCUGUGCCUGUUGCUGCCCGUGCCUGUGCUGCCCGUGCCUGUGCUGCCCGUGCCUGUGCUGCCCGUGCCUGUUGCUGCCCGUGUCUCGUGCUCGCGCCCCCGUGCGCUCUGCUACUGUGCUCUGUGCUCACCACUUGGGCCUUCUCAGGUGCUCUGUGCUCACCACUUGGGCCUUCUCAGGUGCUCUGUGCUCACCACUUGGGCCUUCUCAUGUGCUCUGUGCUCACCACUUGGGCCUUCUCAGGUGCUCUGUGCUCACCACUUGGGCCUUCUCAGGUGCUCUGUGCUCACCACUUGGGCCUUCUUAGGUGCUCUGUGCUCAUCACUUGGGCCUUCUCAGGUGCUCUGUGCUCACCACUUGGGCCUUCUCAGGUGCUCUGUGCUCACCACUUGGGCCUUCUCAGGUGCUCUGUGCUCACCACUUGGGCCUUCUCAGGUGCUCUGUGCUCACCACUUGGGCCUUCUCAGGUGCUCUGUGCUCACCACUUGGGCCUUCUCAGGUGCUCUGUGCUCACCACUUGGGCCUUCUCAGGUGCUCUGUGCUCACCACUUGGGCCUUCUCAGGUGCUCUGUGCUCACCACUUGGGCCUUCUCAGGUGCUCUGUGCUCACCACUUGGGCCUUCUCAGGUGCUCUGUGCUCACCACUUGGGCCUUCUCAGGUGCUCUGUGCUCACCACUUGGGCCUUCUCAGGUGCCUUGUGCUCACCACUUGGGCCUUCUCAGGUGCUCUGUGCUCACCACUUGGGCCUUCUCAGGUGCUCUGUGCUCACCACUUGGGCCUUCUUAGUGGCAGGAGCAGAAGAGGCCUUGCCAUCCAGCAGCAUGGUGCUCGGUUCCCGUGA